AUGGGUAAUCGGCCUCAAGGUUCUCCUUGGAAGUACAAAGCCACAAUCUACUUUUUCGCGGUAUUGACAACAUAUAUGCUCGUUGCUGCGGUGCUUUGUACGGUUCAGGCAAUCAAGAAUUUUGAUAGUCCUGUCUUCUCUCGUAUGGUAGUGUCAUUGAUCUCUACUUAUGGUAUAUUCGUGGCGAGCAGUGUCCUUGCUCUGGAUCCAUGGCAUCUUUUCACGUGCUUCAUUCAGUACAUAUUAUUCUCCCCUACAUAUGUCAAUGUUUAUGCAUAUUCAAACUUGCAUGACUUGUCAUGGGGUACUAAAGGUUCAGACUCGGUUCAGGAGAGUGACCUCGGAGCUGUCCAGGGUAUCGGAAAGCAUGUGGAAGUCGAGUUGGUAUCAGCCCAGCAAGAUAUUGAUAUCGCCUAUCAAGACGCACUGGACAACAUCCGUUUGAAGGGGACUCGAGUAGAAGAGCUCGAUAACAAAAAGGACAAUUCGGAGCAGGCGCAGAAGGAUAUCUAUGCCAAUUUCAGGACAAACUUGCUUCUCUGUUGGUCGCUAUCGAAUGCGUUAUUGGCUAGCGUGAUUUUGUCCGGAGGUGUCACCUCCACCUUUGACUCGGCAGGAGAUGCUCGGACUGCGGUUUACAUGCUGAUCAUAUUAAUCUUUGUUGCUGGUAUGGCUCUUUUCCGAUUCAUCUGUUCAACGAUGUACCUCAUCAUUAGAUUGUUUGCCGGAUAA